AACAUGUAUCGUAUAUACUCGUGAUCCAGGUUUAUAGGUACAAGCAUUUUCAUUAUUUCUUUACGCAAAGCAAACCUCGAAACGAUACUUAACGAAAUUCAGUCUGAAUCUAGAUUAGAAUUCGCCGCUGAAGAUCAUCUUCAACGGAAACUUUUUUCAUUGUUGAAUUCAGCAUAUUAAACUUAGUCGGUAUGCAAUAAAAAUUAAAGUCGGUGUUUUCCAAGAAAACGCAAUCAAUCGUCCUUGAUAAAAGCUUCGGAAUCGGCCUAUACGCGAGUGUAUAUGAUAACGAUUUCGUCGCAAUGAUUAGCGUACAAGAUGCUCCCGUGUGCACAACGACAAUUAUAUCAGUCCCUUUUUAAUUAUACCGCGCUGUGAUGCAUUUAAUCCUGACGUUAGAAAUUGGUGCUAAACGUUUAUCGCUCGAGUGUCCCGCGCGAGAACUGGUGCUCCCGACUCCUCAGAACCUGAAUCAUUACGAAAACGGGAAGAAAGAAAAACAGUGAAAGAUCGCUGAGAAAUGGAAGAAUACGACAACCCAAACGAUUACAGUGGCACAGCACGUACGAACAUAUCGCAUUGGUAGCAUCUUGAGGUUUUUCAAAUCGUAAGAGUUGCGAGCGUUCCGGGGACCCGUUGGCCUCCGGCACGUUGUAAUCAUUUUAGUAUUAGGUACUCGUUAAUUUAUUCUGUAUAUAUAUAUAUACGCGAUAAAAAAAGGAAAAAAAAAGAAAAGAAAGAAAACAACUGUAUAUUAGUUAAGGGCAAAGCAUGCUUUAAACGUGAAAACGACCGGGGUACCGGAAAUGGCCGCGGCUUCCGGUAGGGUUCGCGCGAGUGCUCGCUUGCGAAGGUACAAUUUGCCAUAAAAGAGCAACACGAUAAUCCGUAUGUACGUGUACUCUGCCAUAGGUACGAUUUUCGUUCACGUCGAAAAUGGGUACGACGACGAAACCGUUUGAUCGUUGCGCGAACGAUCACGGACCAACCGGAUGCACGAUGCUUUUCGUUUCAAGCAAAUCGAAUGUAGAACAUGUUUGCUGUUAGAAAACGAAAAACAAACAACGUUGUGGUACCGUUGCUGCUCGUUAAGCGAGAACGAGCAUGAGUUCAUACAUUGUAGAGUGAAUCGCGGCAGUAUUCGAACGUUGGCGGUUCAAGUCUGCAACGCUUAAAAUAAAGACGACCGAACUAAAUUGUACCUUCGAACCAUUAGUACUGAGUUAAGAGAAUGAUAUUACAGCACGAAGAAUAUAUUUUCUUUUGCUGAGACGGUACUGGUGUUUUAAAAAGUUUUUGCCGAGAAAAGCGCGCAACAGUUCGCCACAGAUUUGAAUUGCAAAUGUUCGAACGCCUUCCUCGAUCCAUCGCGUGUUCGCUGUAUGUUUUAACGUAAGAAUAGGCUAUAAGGAUACUUAAGGAAACACAGGCUUUAGGGAAAUAAGGCACGAUUCGAAUUCCCUUUCUUUUUUUACAUCUCAUCGUCCCUGCCGCGGGCUCUUUAAAGCUAACGGAAUUCGCAUAGAUGUAAACCGACGUUCGCGAUUUUAAUUUGCCUCGAACGCAGUUCGAGCAGCCGCGCGGGGAAACAGCGGCUCGUUUCGCGCGUUCAAUUUUUGUAUCCCGUCCCGAGCGAGCUACGUUUUAUCGUCAAACGAGGGCCACGAAUCUAAUCUAUAAGAAGUCUUUCGAUUUAGUAACUGUAAGCAGUGGCGAGAUCAUUCGUCGCGCAACUAUCAUCGUUAAGGCUUAUAAGGGAACAUUGAGCGUCAAUCUUUGUACGCGAGUGUAUUUAACGGAUGGAGACUUCGAUUUCGAAAAUAUUACUUUCCCGGUUUUGCGCGUGAGCACUGCGUUGAUACGAAAUUGUUACGUCUUGGACGAAAUGUUAAGAUAGCGUUUGAAACCCAAAGUCUUCGGCCAAAAGUACUCUUGUAUGCGAAGUUUGACGUGAUUCCGAGGGGAGGGGGGGGGGGAGCAAUCCUCGACGCUCCCUUGUUAACCGAUAUCGCGUCUGUCCCCUGUUAUGCGCAUACUUUUUCUCUGCUUAGCAUGAAACGUCGAUGCACGAUAGGGGUUGAUGGGCACCGAAACGCGUCGACGUCCGUAUUCGUCGUUCUAGUUUGUACCAGUAGUUGUAUCGUGUUGUCCGAGAAUUUUUGAGGCAGCUCAAAAGACGAGUUAGAAAGCAACCGGUGAGAAUACAUUUUAAAAUCCGACGGAUUCGAGCUUGCGCGACGUUGCAUGGAGAAAUGAGGCAUAAUCAAGAAUCGCGUACGCGAGAAAUUAAUCGUGAUCGAAAAACCGAAAUCCGGGGAGAUGCUGGAUAUUUCUCUGGGCAUGAUAUUAACCAAAUUUUUUUUUUUUUUUUUUUUUACGUAGAGAAGAGAGCACGUUUGGCGCACGUUGUAAAAGUUAGACGAAAGAAGAAUAUAAGUCGGAUCAAAAUCAGCUGGUCGCUCGAGGCCGCUGAAGGGUUAUCCCCGCCAUAAAGUUUUGGCCACUCCCACAGAAUCAGUAGACCUGCUGGCACAUGCUCUCCGGCUCCCGAUUAAAAAGCAACAGCGUCAAAAGCGAAUUAUAUCGAUUCGCGCUUUCAAUGGUCGCGUGUUAAUCUAUCGUAGACGUAUGCGACAACCGCCUGGCCGCCGAUUUUAUGCAUUUCUAGCGGACGCGAAUGUGAAAAGCGUAUGCGGAAUACAUACACUCGUGCAAAAUGGAAUAUCGAUAUUAUAUUUCGUUAGUGAAAUAUUUAUCUAUACGCGUUUUGCAUGUACAUAUUUCCCAGCGUUGAGCGAAAUGUAGUCCACGAUUACGAUUACCGUAUAAUCGGUAAUAAUCAAUCGAUGAUUGACGAGUGAUCGGUCACGAUUAGCUCUGAUAGAUUGCAAAUGUAGUUUACGAUUACCGACCAAUCUGACAAUCUCAAGUGAUUAUUCCAUGCGUAAUCUCUGCACAACUCUGGUGUCUUCCAUACCACCCGUACGUUAUAAAUGCAUAAAAUCUACAGGCUAACGAUAUACGAAGAGUCCAGCGAGUAGACAAGCCAUGAUCGUUUCGUUGCUUUCGUUUUCCGUGUCGUUUAAUCCCUCGGUAAAGCCGAUAGUAAACGUAGGAGCGAAUUUGAAAGCUAUGGUAAACGAUGGACACGGUACAGAGACGGGCAAAAUUCUUAUCCAAAGUAUAGAUUAAAAUUUGAUUUACGGAACGAAAUAUUUUUAUAAAAGAACAAACAAAAACUUCGUCGUUCGAUCGAAUAAAUUCCUAUGCGUUGGUUCCAUUCGUUAUCUGUUACUCGAAUAAAGUUUUGUCCAGCUCUAGCACGGUCGACUCGAGCGAGUCUUUACGAGUGGGUGAGUUUUCGAGUCGGUGCAAAGAGAGAAGAGAGAAGGGACGAGAAAAGCAUUCUUUACGUAUCGUUGUACGCGUUGUGUGAUAUGCGAUUACGCAGUCGAUACUUUGUUGAACUUUGUUUCGUUACGUUUACAUGGGUUGUGAUUCUAUAUGUGGGACUAAGUGAAUUCGUUGGUCGCUUAUUAUUGUUGAGACGUGUGUAUUAAUUUUUUUUUUUUUUUUGUUUGUUUUACAUCGACGAACAAGCGUUAAAGUUAAUUACUGUAUGCCAGUGUCGAGAGUCAUUCUCCGGCCGUUUUUCAUUUUCGUACCGGAGACCACAAAAAGUAUAAAGCGAGAAUUUCAUAAAAACGCCACGAUUUGUAUUCCACUUGGGACUCUCUUCGUUUUCCGUUCAUCGAACGGACCAACUACCAACGGUAGAUGCGUGGGAAGCAGCCGCUCUUUUUCCUCUUUAUUUCCUCCGCGCUUUUCUAAGAACGCCUUCGAGACGGACUUGUUGUUCUAUAUUUUUCUUUUUUGUGAUAAGCGAACUGGAUGUUCUCCGUGAGAAUAUUUAUCAGCGAACUCGACGAACGUUUGAUAAUUAUAUUACACGCUCUUCACGUGAAAUACAGUUUCGUUUCUUACUAUACAGUACACUCGUUUCUCUCAUUCGACUCCUUUUCCCGCCGCCUCUACGUCCCUCCAUUCUCUAAGUGCGCGCAGCUGUCGUCCUGGAACGGGACCGCGCGAAAAACUCAAUUUGCAUAUUUUACUACGGUCGAUUCGAUCGAAACCAGUUCAUCGAACGAACGGAACGAAAAAUGAGAAUUAAAAAAAUGAAAGGUCGUCGAACCUGGGCCAGCGUUUUUCGAGAGGGGAUAAGUUUAGAUCCUAUUCUACGGAAUGUCCUACUAGUGGACCUCCCCUCAGGAGAGGAAUCAUCUUUCAUUCAAGUAACGCAAUGUCUCCAAGGAAUUAUCCAAUCUUAAAAUAACAAAACAAAAAAGAAUGGAAUAUACGGUAAGGAUGUACAGUAUUGCACAGUCGAAAUUCCGGUCAAACAAAUCCCAAAUUCGUUUGAUCGAGGUUUUACAAUGUAAACACGAGCGUUUCAUCCUUGAAUAUGUAUACAAAUAGUAGAUGUUUUACCGCUGCCUGAUAAACUGACACGGUUGGACACCCGUCGUUACAAGCGAAGCCACAUUUGGAGUCCGCGAGAACCGCAGUGGGGAGAACCGAUCACGUGAGCCGCGUGGAUGGAUCAACAUCUCGCCGAGUAUUUCAGUUUUCCUUAGAUCUCGCAGUAUGAGUCGGGACGGCGAAGUAGCGACAACGAUGAGGAUCGUUGCACUGUUGUUUCUAUUCGGCACGAUUGCCGGUAGCAACGACACUCUUUACAACGAGAUCCCGACUACAGAGUCGGCGGACGAUUUAGAAGAAAAAGUGAACGAGCACGGGUUCGCGAAGAACAAAACGUUGCACGAGAUCUUCAACGAUGCUGUUCACGCGUAUCUCGAGGAAGACUGGGACCGUUGCAUCAACGACUUCAACGCAGUUUCGCAUGGGUACAACGUUUACAAACGCAGGAUGAUAAAUUGUCGACAAAAGUGCAGGGCUAGCGCCGCCGGCACGGCACCGAUAUUCCCGGAAAACAUAGAGGAUCUGCACUUUUACGAGAAGAAAGUGAAAGAAACGUUGUGCCUUCUGAUGUGCAAUCAAGAAUAUCGCGAGAUCGCCGGCUCGAAAGCUUUGAAGAUGUUGCCGCGCGAUACCGAACAUAAAUUGAUGGAUCUCGUCCCUUACGAGUACGUGCACAUCUGCUACUAUCAGAAAGAGCGUUACCAAGAUGCGGCGAACGCGAUCUUCACUUACCUAGUCAGGCAUCCGGAACACGAGGCGAGCACAGCAACUUUGAAAAAUUAUUUGACGCUGCCCGGUGUAGAGCCGGAAAACGUCGUAAACUUAGAAGGAGCACCGUAUGUCAGCAUGUACUUGAGAGCAGUGUCGGCUUACGAGAACGAAAACUACGCAGAAGCGGCGAGUCUCUUCGAAGCGUCGCUGAGAUCUUAUUUGGACUCCGAAGAGGAGUGCAGAUUUUACUGCGAGGGUCCCUUCGAUCAGGGUUGGCUUCCAGAGUUCACGUCCUCCAUCGCCAACCAUUUCGCGCAUUGUUUGAAGUGCAAACGAUCAUGUUCCACCUUGUUAAACAACGUAAACGGCAAUUACCAGAAGGACAUACUCUGGACUCACUACGAUUAUUUGCAAUUCUCCUAUUACAAACUGGGCAACUUGAAGGCGGCCUGCGCUAACGUGGAAAGUUUCUUGUUAUUCAAUCCCAUCGACGAGUCGAUGCUUCAGAACAAGAAAUACUACAGGGCUCAACCAAAAGUGAAAGAGGAGGAUUGCGUUCCGAGACAGGAAGCUCUUAGCUACGCGAAAAGGCAGGAAUACGAAUUCAAUCUCUUGCGCUACAUUUCCAACGAGUUCUCAGCCAUCGACGCUAAACUCGCAAAGAUGAAGAAGAAGAAAUCCGAAACGAAGAGCGGCAAAAGCAAAGAGAAGGAGCUAGGAAAGAAAUUGAGUUCGGAGGCGACAUUGUAUACACCGCCUGGCCAUUCGUCGCUUUCUCACACGCAACUGGUAAAAAAUUUGUCUAUGAUACGAGACGAAGGACACGAGAUACGCGACGUACCACGGCGUAAGGUCAACGUCGAUAUCUAUCUAGUGGCGGAAGAGAAAGAGCUUGGCGAAAAGAAUCGCUACGUGGCUGACGGAUUCCUCAACUCUACGGAGUGCGGUCUCUUGAUGGAGUUGGCCUCGAUGACUGCGGUGGAAGGAGACGGAUACAGCGAAUUCAAAAGCCCGCACUCCAAGUACGAACGAUUCGAAGGGAUCACGAUAGGAAGAAUCGCGUUGAUGGUAUACGUGGGGCAAAUAGAAACUGAACGAUUGCAGCAGCUUUUGGAAAAAACAGAGGAGGCGCGUAGCCACGUGGAAAGGUAUUUCGGACUAGAUCGGCCACUGUAUAUCACCUACACCCAUUUGGUCUGCCGUACGGCUCUACCUGGUAAUUUUCAUCUGAUGCAUCAACGUGCUUCUGGUUCCUUUCGCAGCUGUAAUCGCGUCGCAUCGAUUUACUUGGUACGGCACGUGGAUUCGCCGACGGAUCGAAACGACUUGAGUCACCUAGUUCACGCUGACAAUUGUAUACUGAUGGAUAAAGGUACUUGCAUCCGCGAAAGCCCAGCCUACGUCUGGAGGGAUUACUCGGCGAUCCUCUACCUGAACAACGACUUCCAGGGCGGCGAGUUCUUCUUUGCGAAGGAUCGCACGAAACGAGAGUUGGACAAUCUAGUUUUCCCGCGUUGCGGGCGUAUGGUGGCCUUCUCCGCUGGCGAAGAGAAUCUUCACGGUGUACGCAGCGUUCUUCGAGGCAAAAGAUGCGCGUUAGCUCUGUGGUUCACUCAGAACGAGACGCACAUGGAGUACGAGAGGAUCCUGGCUCAGGCGAUCUUGAAGCGAGUCCGUUCGGUUGGACCUCUUCGAGAAAAAGGUGUCCAGGUGCCUCUAAGGUACGAGGACGUGCUCUUCCAAUACGCGAGCAACGACGAGUUGAUAAGGCAUUUUCUAGGCAAUGCUUCGUGAACUAGAAGCAUAGUCAACGAAGAUCUUUAGUAUUAUAUUACGAGUUCCAGAAUUUUCAUAGGCGAAUGAUAAUUUACAGAGUAAUAUAUUUCAUUCCCGGUCAACGUGACUGGGGCACAGUAAACCAGGGACCUGAGAAGACAAUUCACAGAAACAAGAAAUCCUACAAAGUACAUUCAAGAUUCCUCUACUUAGUACAACUUGCUUUUUUUCCUUUUUAUUUUUGUACAGUUUGUGUCAUACGCAUUCGAUUCAGUCGCAUUUAUUUCGUUACCUUGAGUAUAUGUGUAUACUCGUAUAAUAAAGUAUAUUGUCUAUAAUACAAAUAGGAUGUUAGUUGUAUGCGGGAUAGUACGAAUAGUCGCGGCCAUCGAACAGCUUUAUUUAUAUAAAAUAUCCUAAUCUUUAUUAGAACAUAGACAUUACAUGUCAACAGGCUUACAUAACCAUCCUAUGUAUCGUGUAACAUGUAUAUUGUAAUUUAUUUAUUCUCCUCGUCGUAUUUAUACUAUGUAUAAGAGUCAUAUGUAUAUAUGCAGUUGCAUUGCGAUCUCCGCUCUUCGAUGCGUCUCUCGUGUGAUUUCAAGCCCUGUACACACUGCCCUUAUGCAUAAUCGCGACGAUACGCGUAUUCUCAGAUUGUGUGUUGCGUGAAUGUGUAUAGUAGCGCUAUCGAUACCCAAAAUAUCU